UAAAAAAUGCAUAAUAACAAAAAUAAAAGACAAACUUCGUUCUUUGGUCAACACGUGAUUUUAAGUUUUUGAUAGACAAUCAGCUUUUAUCUUGUUGAUAGCGAUACUACCAGCUAAUAUGACAUAUAUUGAGUUUUAUACAAUAGGCCUUACUAUUGGCCAACGUUUGUCCAGCCAAUUUGGUUAAGUGUUAUCGCGGUGAUACGAUAAUUACGCGGACUUGAGUUGUAAUUAAGAUGCUUUCAAGUCCCUAUUAACGAGUAUAAUAGAUACCAUGAUUCACCUAAAGUAGUUUUUUCAUGUAGGACGGUCAUUAAUGAACACUGGCUUAACACUUAACAGCUUUGAAUGUCAAUCUCAGAGGACACUAAUAAAAACCGACAGUAAGCAACACUCUGUCUCCUAAUCAUUGUAUAUCCCUACUUAUAGUCAUAUAGAUAGAGCUUCAUUUUCCGUACAUAUACAACUUUUUAAUGGUCUCCUGGAUAUAAUUUCCUUAAAAAUAAUUAACUGAAAAUGUAAUUAAUAACUAGUGAGUAAUUAAGGAAAGCUUAAAAUGACGACCGUGUGUUGACUCAGUUCAAGAUUACUUCCACAUAGCAAAUCACUUACCAUAAUAGCAAAAACAACAAAGACUAUAAGCUUGCCAACAUAUCCUAUGAUUCACUUCUUAGAACUAGUCAAACUUAUAACUUAGGAAUGUACGUAACUCCAAUCAUUUAAUCACCCAAGGACUUUCAGUGAUGUAUAUAUAUAAAGCACACUCCAAUCCAGUCCUUGACAGUACAGCAUUGCAAUUGCGUUACACUACGACACUAACAAAAACAAAAAUGGAGAACGAAAUGAUCAAGACUCAGGCUCUCAUAAUCGGUGCAGGACCAGCCGGUUUAGCUACAUCAGCCUGUCUAAACCGGUUGAACAUACCGAACAUAGUGGUGGAAAGAGAGGAAUGCAGUGCCUCUCUCUGGAAAAGAAGGUCUUACGAUUGUCUCAAGCUUCAUCUCGCCAAGCACUAUUGUCAACUCCCUCACAUGCCUUUCCCUCCAAACACUCCUACCUUCGUCUCCAAGUCAGGUUUCAUCACUUACCUUGACGAAUACGCCACACGUUUCAACGUAAGCCCUAGGUACAACCGCAACGUCGAAUCCGCGUAUCUCAAAGAUGGUAGAUGGAUCGUGGAGGUGGGGAAAGGAGCGGAGAGAGAGGUUUACUCGGCGGAGUACUUGGUCGUGGCGACGGGAGAGAACAGCGAAGGCGUGAUCCCGGAGAUUCCGGGGCUUGUGGAGAGCUUCCAAGGUGAGUAUUUGCACUCAAGCGAGUACAAGAACGGUGAGAAGUUCGCCGGAAAACGUGUUUUAGUCGUCGGAAGUGGAAACUCCGGGAUGGAGAUUGCUUAUGAUGUGUCCAAGUGGGACGCUGAUGUCUCCCUCGUCGUUCAUAGCCCUGUACACGUGCUGACGAGAGAGAUCGUACGGAUCGGUAUGUGGCUGCUCAGGUUUUUCCCGGUAAAGUUAGUCGACCGUUGGUGUCUCUUACUCGCGAAGCUGAGGUUUGGUGAUACUUCGAGAUAUGGGCUUAUCAGGCCUACUAAAGGCCCAUUUAUGAACAAGAUUGUCACCGGCCGGUCGCCUACUAUCGACGUCGGCUGCGUCGACGAGAUAAAAGCCGGCAAGAUUGAGGUUGUGCCCUCUAUUAAGCGUAUAGAAGGGAAGAAAGUGGUGUUCGUUGAUGGAAACACCAAAAGAGUCGACUCUAUUGUCUUUGCAACAGGUUACAAGAGCAGCGUUUCAAAAUGGCUUCAGGUUAACGAUGGAGACUUGUUCGACGAGAAUGGGAUGCCGAAAGGAGAGUUACCGGAUCAUUGGAAGGGGAAGAACGGCUUGUACAGCGUUGGAUUUGGGAGACAAGGCUUGGCUGGUAUCACAAGAGAUGCUCAGAACGUUGCUAGAGACAUUGCUUCUCUCUGA